AUGGCAGGCGCAAGCGACAAAGCUCGGUUUUACUUGGAGCGAUCGGUUCCGGAGCUACACGAGUACGAGCGCAAGGGCAUCUUUACUAAGGAGGAGAUCACCUCAAUCGCGAAGAAGAGGUCCGGCUUUGAACACGUCCUCAACGCGCGAGGCUCUCACCCAUCAGAUUACGCCCGCUAUGCCACCUACGAGAUGAACCUUGAAGCUCUACGAAAAAAGCGCAUACAACGACUUGGAAUUAAGGCGGGCGGCCACGCGGGACAACGACGCAUAUUUUUUAUACUCGACCGGGCGGUGCGCAAGUUUCCGGGCGACCUCGGGCUAUGGAUGCAGUACAUCGAGUUUGCGAGGGCGGAGAAGGCGAUUAAGAAACUGAACGAGAUCCUUACCAGCGUGCUCAGGAUGCACCCCACCAAGCCGGAGCUCUGGACCUACGCCGCACGAUAUGCUUUCGAGUCGCAGGGGGACAUGACGAACGCAAGGAGCUAUAUGCAGAGAGGCUUGCGCUUUUGCAGAUCAUCAAGAACGCUGUGGUUAGAGUACGCGAAACUCGAGAUGUCGUAUGUCGCGAAAAUAGCCGGACGACAGCACAUCUUGGGAUUGGAUAUUGACCGAGCGAAGAAGCAAGUCGCUUCUGGGGAUAAGAGCGAUGCGGAUAUGAUUGCGCUCCCAGAAGUUACCGCAGAGGACAUCAAUCCGAGCUUAGGAAAGGACGACGCGGUUGACGAAACCGCACUGCAUAAUCUUGCUUCAACGCCUGCGCUGACGGGUGCCAUUCCUGUGGCUAUCUUUGACGCAGCGAUGAAGGAGUACAAGGAUGAUCCUGCCCUCGGCGAGCAGUUCUUCGACGUCUUUGCGGAGUUCGACCGAGUGCCUUGCACUAAGAAGAUUCUGCAGCAUAUUGUCGACCACAUGCUGCAGCACUCUCCCAACGCCAUUGCCACGCUCGUCUGCAAUUUCAGACUACCUAUGGUCGGAGUUGACGCUGCCUCUACUGACUUUCCAUCAGCUCUGGGGCUGUGUCUUCAGCGGAUCAGAUCUGCUUUCAAGCAGUCGCCGCAAAUCAAGGCGCAGCUGGCGGAAAGGGCCGUCAUUUGGUUGCUACCGCUUCUUCGACUCGAUGAGCUAGAUCCUGCCGUGCAUAAGGUUAUGUCGAGUUCUCUGCGCCAGUUCAUCAAAGCGCUUGUGCCUGGACCUUCGGCCAACACUCCUGCUGAGGGCGACAAGCUUGCUGAUGUCGUUGCCAAACUUGAACAGGAUAAGCGGCAUGAAGACGCGCAGCUGUUGCUGUCCUACGGUUCCAAGCAGCAGAAUUCUAGUGGCCGAUUACUACAAGUCCAGGCUUCGAUAUCAGGGUGA